GGAGCGCGUGGGACUGUCGGUUGUAUCACUCUUCGUCGUAUAGAGGAAAAGCAAGAAUCCAACUUGUCUGCGCUCGGGGAAUAGUUACCAGACUACUAGCCCAUAACGUUAUUGCACCAAGGUGAAGAACGCAGAAGGCAACGACAGCAUUCUUCUCGCUGUAAAACCGCUACUGGUCUACUUGAAAGAGCUACAGUUCUCGUGCAGCCUGUGGACCACAGCUGGAAGACAGACAGAGGAACUAACAGGACAGGAAGGAAAGCCAGCAGCCACCAGUGUGAGUGAGCGACCAUGAGUGAGCGCUUUGACUGUGAGCAGUGCAAGGAGUCGCUGUACGGCCGGAAGUACAUCCAGUCGGACGACCACCCCUACUGCAUCCCCUGCUACGACAGCCUGUUCGCCAACACCUGCGACGAGUGCAAGGAGCUCAUCGGCCACGACUCCAGGGAGCUGUUCUACGAGGAGCGCCACUACCAUGAGCACUGCUUCCGCUGUUUCCGCUGCGACCGCUCGCUAGCCGACGAGCCCUUCACCAGCCAAGAGGAGGCGCUGCUGUGCAACGACUGCUACUGCAACGAAUUCUCCUCCAAAUGUGUUGCCUGUGACAAAGUCGUCAUGCCAGGAUCGAGGAAGCUUGAGUAUGGCGGCUCCACAUGGCAUGAGGACUGCUUCAUCUGCCACAGCUGCGAACAGCCAAUUGGAUCCAAGUCCUUCAUCCCCGACAAGGACGAGCACUAUUGUGUGCCCUGCUACGAAAACAAGUUUGCGCCGAGAUGCACACGCUGCAAGCAGGUGCUGUCCAAAGGCGGGGUGACCUAUCGGGAUGAGCCGUGGCAUAAGGAGUGCUUCGUGUGUACGGGCUGCAAGAUGCAGUUGGCCGGUCAACACUUCACCUCCCGUGAGGAGAGCCCCUACUGCCUCAAGUGCUUUGGCAACCUCUACGCCAAGAAGUGCGAAGCCUGCAGCAAACCCAUCACAGGUUUCGGCGGGGGCAAGUACAUCUCCUUUGAGGAGCGCCAGUGGCACCAGCCGUGCUUCACCUGCUCGCGAUGCUCCGUGUCCCUGGUGGGAGCUGGAUUCUUCCCCGACCAAGACGAGAUCCUCUGCCGAGACUGCAACACCAAACUUUAGAGUCAUGGAGUCACACAGCCACCGCCACCCCCCCACCCCCUGCGAGCUUC